UUGCGAAGGAUGCGUGAGGGGCGUGAAACUGUGGAGGAAACUCUACUAAAAUGGCAAAAUUACAACCAACAGCUUGAUUCUGCGGGCAAUGGAAUGCUGCGGCGCAAGGUCCCUGUCAAGGGCUCGAAGAAGGGGUGUAUGCGCGGUAAAGGUGGGCCCAAGAACUCAGAUUUCUGCUACAGAGGAGUAAGACAGAGGACUUGGGGCAAGUGGGUUGCAGAAAUUCGAGUGCCAGUUCGCGAAAUUGGGCAACCCAGCAGGUCAAGAAGACUCUGGUUGGGGACUUUUCAAACUGCUGUUGAAGCAGCCCUUGCUUAUGACGAGGCUGCAAGGGCUUUGUAUGGUUCUUCUUAUGCCAUUCUGAACUUUCCUCAACAUUGUGCACACCCAAUGGAGUUCUCUGAUGACCCUAUGUCUUCAAUUAGUACUACUACUACUACUAAUGCAAUUAACACAUCAACAACACCACCUACAAAGAAGAUCAAACUGGAUGCUGAGUCUGAUGCUAUGGAUACAUCAAAUCUUUGCUGUGAUGUUACUGUGGUUGAGGGAAUCAAGAUUAAACCUGAGUAUGCUGUAGAGAUCAAACCCAAUUGUCCUGAGGCUUAUGGGAAUGAAAUAUCAACGGUUAAGCUUGAAUAUUUCCAUGACACUGAAGCUAAAUUACUCAACAAAGAGAAUGUGAUGGAGAAAAAUAUUGGCGAAGAUAAACUAUUUGACAAAAAGAAUGUAAUAAUGGAGGAAGAAAUUGGUGUUACGGAUUUUAGUAGCUCCAACAACGGAUGUGAUUACCAGAAAGAGAUCAAGGAAGAAACACCUGAUGUCAAGCCUCCGGGGGCAAUAAGCACUGAUGAGGAAUGCUUGCAGGGUAGACCAUUUAGUCACUCUAUUGAGUUGCAAAAUGCUCAGAAAGACAAUUACUACUUGCAGAAUUUGCCUGCAGAAGAAACGGUGGACAAUAAACCUUCAACCGCGAUCAGCUCAGAUGAUUCAGAUUUUAGACAAGAUAGAAGCUGCCCUUGUGGUCAAUUUGGGCUAUCUGAUGAUCACAAUUCGCAGAAUCCUGACGGACUUGACUGCUUUAUAAUAGAUGACACAUUUGGCAUUGAGGCUGUUGAAACUACAUGCACCAGUAACUCUGAUUUGGGACUGGACAAACACCAUAGCUCAGUUCAAUUCGGAGAAAUAGAUAAAGGCCAAUUGGGUAAUGAAAAUCAGUUUGAUCUAUCUGACCUAUUGAAUAACCCAGAGGAAGUGGAAUACUUGCGGAAGAUUAUUACUGAAGGCACUUUUGAGAUUGAGCCUUCGGAAGAAACUAGCACAGGUGAUUGUAAAGUGAGGCAGCAAGAAGGACAGAAUGAUUUUGGUGAAAUGAAAUCAUCUAAUGAAGACCUUUUCUUGAAGAAUGGUGGUCAUAAAUUUGUUGAUGGACAAUGUAACUUGCAGAAUUUGUCCACAGAAGAAACAUUUGAAGACAAGUCUUUUGGGACAAAUGACAGUGAUCACUUUGGAUUGAGACAAGGAACAAAUUUUGAAUAUUAUCAAUCCGGGUGCUAUGAUGAAGGGGAAUUGCGUUAUGGGUUGCCUGCCAGUCCCUCCUAUGAGUUCCAGAAUUCAUACACCAAUCUGCAGGAAAUCUUUGAAGAUAUUGAUUCAGGUUUGGGGAACAGUCUUGUUUUCUCAAGUACCAAUCACUGUUUUGUGUAGCCAGAACCGUUUGAUUCGUGGUUGUCUUAGUGAAUCUACCGAUCAUGUAAAUAGGAUGGUGUAUCUGGACUAUGGUAUGAAAUGAAUGUAAAUCACACAUAUUUGGAAUAUGCAGAAAGGAUUCCUAAACAAGA